ACACUAGGUUUUCGAGCCAUGGACGCAGCAUACGCAUAAAUUGAUUUGGCGGUUGCACGACCCUUGGAGAUAAGUACUGUACGCCACCGCAGCGCCUGCUUGCAUUCAUUCGGCUGUAAACUUCUCACAGCUCUGAGAGCAAGAGUGCUCUCACACGCACUGCAGCAUCGCUCGUCGCCGCGUGACCGCCGAAGCGCUGAAGCCGCAUUACACAAAUGCCAGCGCCCUUCCCCACCGUGCGAAAUUGCGUGCUCGUACCAACGAAACGCUUCGCGGCGCUCGAGCGCCGCGGCCGCGCCGUCGAGUGCGUCUGGGACGCCCUGACGCCGGACUGGUCCAUUGCCCAACUCAAGGAAGGCCACCGCUUCUCGAACGACGACGCCUUCUGCGGCUUUUUUGCGGCAGAAGCCGCACCGACCGCGCGGCGGUUGUUAGACCUCGGCAGCGGCGUCGGCAGCGUGGGCCUCAUCACUUUGUGGCGGUCGUUGCCGGAAGCCACACUAACGUGCGUCGAGGCCCAGUCCUUGUCUCAUGAUCUAUGUCAACGAACUAUAACAAAAAACAAGCUUGAUGCCAGAGUCGAGUUGGUCCUCGAAGACCUGCGACAUUUCGACGGCCACCACAAAUACGACCUCGUCACGGGCAGCCCGCCCUACUUCGCUCCCGAAGAUGGUGUCGCGUCGCCGCACGACCAGAGGGCCUUUUGUAGGUUGGAAUUUCGGGGCGGUCUUGAUGAUUAUUGUGAGUGCGCAUCGCGAGCUUUAUGUGAUGGAGGGACCUUCGCUUUUGUGAUGGCGGCGCAGGACUCGCGGUGUGAGAGCGCGCCGGCUAAACACGGCUUCGGCAUUGUGCGGCGCGUCGACGUCGUCUUCAAGGCGGGUCGGAAACCACACAUCUGCGUCUGCGUGUGCGCGCGGCUCGGUGAUCCGCGGCUCGCUUCUCCAGUGACGGAGACGCUCGUGCUGCGCGAUGGGGAAGGGAAACGGACGCGCGCGUAUCGCGUCUGGCAGGAGCGGUCCCGGCUUCCUUCGAUGGUGCCGGCGGAGGACGUUGAGGCGGCGCUGGACGAUUUGGUGCGGGCGCAGGAUCGGGCAGCUCUAGUGGACGCGGUCGCCGCGGCGGAGGCUUUAGGUAUGAGGGCGGACCCGGGAUCCGAGGAGCUCUGCGCCGCGAAGGCGCGGCUCGCGGAGCUUGUUUAG